UCAAAAUUAAAUUGAAAUUGUAAAGACCAAAAUAAUUAGUCACAACUUUAAAACAAAAUGGAUUUCAACACUGCCUGCGAAAAAGCCAAAGCUUUCACCAAAAAACCCACUAAUGAAGAAUUUUUGGAAUUCUAUGGUCUCUACAAACAAGCCACCGUGGGUGAUUGCAACAUUGCUAAGCCUGGAGUAACUGAUUUGACUGCCAAAGCUAAAUACGAUGCCUGGGUAAGACAUCAGGGUAUGUCUCAGGAUGCCGCCAAACAGGCCUACAUUGCAGUCUAUCAGAAAUAUGCUCCCAAAUAUGCUUAAAGUUUGAAUUAAUGUUUUCGGAAAUUAAGAGUUUUUUAAUAAAAUGUGACAAAAAUAA